AAGAGAAGUGAAGACUGAACAGCAUCUAUUUUCACUGAAACUAUUAAUCAAAAGUGGAAGUCAAACUCUAUGGCUUUACAUGAGAGAGAAAAGCCAGUGCACCUCGCUACCGCAAAAAACCAGCUCUGAUUAGUGUUAUGGCAAAAGGAGAGGGAGCCGAGCAUUUUUCAUCUGGCUUGUUACCUUCAGCCAAACCUUUGAAUGAAAAUGAAAUCAAACUUGCCAAGCAGGAGAGGAAAAGAGCUCUGACUGUGUGCAAUAAGGUGUGUUUUGCAAUUGGAGGGGCUCCAUAUCAGAUCACAGGCAGCGCCCUGGGCUUCUUUCUGCAGAUCUUCCUUCUGGAUGUAGCAAAGUUGGAUCCUCUCAAUGCUUCUGUAAUCCUGUUUGCGGGUCGGGCCUGGGAUGCAGUGACUGAUCCCACAGUUGGGUUUUUAGUAAGCAGAACACCAUGGACACGCCACGGACGAAUGCUGCCCUGGAUUCUGGUGUCCACCAUGCCAGCUGUGUUGUGUUAUUUCCUGAUAUGGGUGGUUCCUCCUAUAGAGCAGGGCAAGAUAAUUUGGUAUCUGCUCUUCUACUGUCUCUUCCAGACUCUCCAGACGUGUUUCCAUGUGCCAUACUCUGCUUUGACAAUGUUCAUCAGCACUGAGCAGAGUGAAAGAGAUUCAGCCACAGCAUACCGUAUGACUGUAGAGGUGUUUGGUACGGUAAUUGGCACUGCUGUCCAAGGGCAGAUUGUGGGCAUGGCCAACAGCCCCUGCAUUAACGGCACAUCUCUGACUAGCAGCUCCAAUCACUCAUUGCUGGAAAAUGGCACUAAGAUCACAGUGGAUGAUAAAAUAUUUAAUGAGAGGCGUGCGUAUAUGAUUGCAUCUGCAGUCAUAAGUUUGAUCUACAUUCUAUGUGCUGUUGUGCUGUUUCUUGGAGUGAGAGAGCAGGAGAAUGAGGGUGGUUUAAAAAAAGCACAGAAGCGUGCGUCAUUCCAGACCGGUCUGCGGCUGGUGAUGGGUCAUGGCCCGUAUGUUAAACUGGUGCUGGCCUUUCUAUUCACCUCACUGGCCUUCAUGAUGUUGGAGGGAAAUUUUGCUGUGUUCAUUAAGUACACACUGGGAUUCCGAAAGGAUUUUCAAAAUAUCUUACUGGUCAUAAUGCUCUCCGCCACUCUCACCAUCCCCAUGUGGCAGUGGUUUCUCUGUCGGUUUGGGAAGAAGACUGCCGUAUACAUCGGCAUCACAUGGGCGGUGCCCUUCAUGAUCCUGGUGGUGUGUGUGAACAGUAGUCUUAUCGUAUCCUACAUCGUAUCCAUUGCAGCUGGUGCUAGUGUGGCUGCAGUAUUCCUCCUGCCCUGGUCCAUGCUUCCUGAUGUGGUAGAUGAUUUUCAAGUCCAGAAUCCUGACUCCCAUGGCCAUGAGGCUAUUUUCUACUCCUCCUAUGUUUUCUUCACCAAAUUUGCUUCUGGAGUGUCACUUGGAGUAUCAACACUGGCAUUAAGUUUUGCAGGUUAUGUGACAGAAGGAUGUGUUCAGCCUGAUUCAGUGAAUCUGACGUUAAAGAUGUUGGUAUCAGCUGCACCUGUAUCACUCAUAGCUUUAGGGCUGCUCAUCUUUAAAGCGUAUCCCAUCGAUGAAAAACGCAGGCAGUACAACAACAAACAACUGCAGCUGCUACUGCGGCGAAGUGACGACCAAGUCUCAGAAAUGGAGGCCUUGCAACCUGAAAUCUAAGCAUAAAAUAACAGGGAUGGCUAUUCCCUGCUCUGGCCUACAGAGGGUGCCAACAUACAUCUUAACCACAGCAAAGAGGAAAUCAGCUGAACUUUUACAGAGAACUUCCCUCACUCACAGCUGGUUAACUGGACCAAUGGAGGAUAUAGAUAAACCUUUAUAUAUCUACAUUACCAUCGUGACAUCUACAUAUUUACACAGCCUUAGCAACUGCAAGGCACAUUUUGCUGCUUUUUAACAACUCUUCCAGGUGAACAAAGGGAAGCUUAUCAAGUGAGAUAAAUAGGUUCAGAUUUGGAUUAACCAUACACUUAAUACAUCAGCUUGCAACUCUCUUUUCUUGAGAUGGAUUAACAUUAUUAAAUAAGGAGUUGCAUUUAUUUAUUUAUUUUGUACUAAUGGGAUUUAGGGGUUAAAUAUAAAUUGAAAAUAAAUAACUUUCCACUUCUUUAAAGAUUAGAAACCUGUGUGCUUUGUCUGGGCCAAUUAAUUACACUGUAUGAUUCUGUAUUUAUCUGUGCCUUAAACGGAGCAAGAAAAUUAUGAGAUUUGCUAAAACCUGAUCAAAUGAGAUUAUAGCAAUUAACAUGAAUUAUUGUAUUUCUUUACUGCAGUCACAGCUAAUAGGACAUCAAUUCUCUAAAUGCACUAAAUGCACAAUGCUGUGCCAAAGGAGUCAAUAAGGAUAUCUGUAACAUACUACAUCAACAUUUACAUGAAGGGUUUAAUUUACAUGAAGGAAGAAUUAAAAAAAUUUUCCAUUGUGAUUUUUCAGAGAGAGAGAAAGAGAGAACAUGAAGCAAUUUCACUAACUGUUAAGACUGUAAAUUAUGAAUCUAUAGAUAAUAUUGUGAAUUCUCCUUGGUACUAAGUGUUAUCUAGAAAGAAAUAAGCUAUGGGCAUCGUGUGGUGCAUAGUUGUCUGUGUUAUACCUGCAGUCUGUGUCUCCCUGUAAAAUUAAGGGAUGAAAAUGCAGCUGGAAUAUGUUCUCUAUAGUUUUAUGUCUGUAGAAAUUGUCUUGUUUUGUCCAGUAAAUUAAGGUUGUAAAAGGGUAAAGGGUUAAUAAAAAAACGGUUUCUCUUAAAACCUGAGAACAUUACACAUCUACAAAAACAUGUAUAAUGUAUACUUAAUUUUAUAGCCUGACACAUUUGUUUUAAGGGCUCAAAAACAGCUUUAUUGUAUGUAAUUUUACUUGUUUUGAUGUCUUAAAUUUUACGCAUAAAAAAACAAGUGUG